AUGGAGCUGGCCCGCGACGCCAUGACUGCGCAGGGGUACGAUGUGCUGGGAGGCUAUUUGUCCCCGGUCUCCGACGCGUACUGGAAGGAGGGCCUGGCGCCCGCCGCCCACCGCGUCGCCAUGGCCCAGGCCGCCGCCGCCUCCUCCGACUUUGUGAUGGUGGACGCAUGGGAGGCGGCGCAGCCCCACUACACCCGCACCCUGGUGGAGCUGCAGCGGGUGCAGGCGGAACUGGGCCGCGCUUUCUCGACAGAGGAGCGCGGCGGCGCGGGGGUGCUGGCCAGCUCCGCCGGCCCCGCGCCCAGCCCGCGCGCGGUGCUGGUCUGCGGCGCGGACGUGCUGGAGACCAUGGCGGACCCCUCACUCUGGCGCCAGGACCUGCUGGACGCGCUGCUGAGUCAGCACGGCGUGGUCUGCGUGACGCGCGGCGGCGCGCGGGCGCUCUCCCUGCUGGAGACCCCAGGCACGCUCCUGCACCAGCACGCAGGGCGCGUGUCCAUCGUGCAGGAGCCCGUGCCCACCGACAUCAGCUCCUCCCUGGUGCGCAAGGAGCUGGAGCAAGGCAGGAGCGUGCGGUACCUGGUGCCGGACGAUGCCCUGACCCACAUCUACACCCACAUCGACAGGUCACUCGACGAGCCCGACAUCAUGUCGUCCUCUCUGGUCUGGGAGCUGGUGAAGAAGAACAAUGCCUUUCUGAAGAAGAACAUCAACGGCAUUGUGGUCUCCACCGAACCCGGGAACCUGAUGAACAAGCACAGCUACAAGUACUCCGGCCUGGCCAACUUUGGCAAGACCAUGGACGUGUCUGCCGACGAGUCUGGUCUGCUGAUCAGCACCAGCAGCAAGAAGAGGGCCGGCAACCUCCGGUCCUUUGCUGUCAAGUCCCACGCCCGCAAGGCCACCAAGUCUGCGGUCGCCACCGCCGGCGCCAUCCGCCCCGACCUCAAGGACGCUGCACGCGCCAAGGCCUCCGCCCUGGCCUGGUCUCUGCGAGUGAAGAAGGCCGCCGCCAAGACCUCUGCCUGA